CCACUGACCGGCGUAAUACCAGCGCCGAGAAAGUGCCACGACUCCACACAGACAUCGACUGACUCUAGCCAGGAUAAGAUUUUUUUGUUUUUUGCUGGCGUGUGGAGAUAGUUGGAUACAAGAUAAUCACUUCUGUUUCAACUCUUUUUGAAGUGAUUCAUCCAACAGAAAUCUGCCGCGAGAAAAGGUUUAAUAAGAAAGAUCACAGGCAAUCAUGGACAUCUACGAUCCUCAGACCCUUGGAAUUGUUGUUUUCGGUGGCUUCAUGGUUUUUUCUGCCAUUGGGAUUGUCCUGGUUUCAACAUUUUCCAUGAAGGAGACCUCAUAUGAAGAAGCUAUAGCCAAGCAGCGCAAAGAGUUAGGAAAAUCCCAAUCCAGCCAACGAACAGACAAAAAGAAAAAGGACAAAGCUGAGAAGAAAAUUCGUGGUAAGAAAAAAGAAGAUAAACCCAAUGGAAGGCUUCCAGAGUCUGAGGCCACCACUGAGGUUGCAGAGACGCCUGAUGAGACCAAUGCUCCAAUUCCAGAACAAGUAGCUGCUCCAGCUCUUAAAUCCGAAGCAUCCUCGCAGAAGUCCGUUCAACCUGCUUUUUCUCAGAAGUCCAAUUCACCUACACCGGCUCAGAAAUCCUCUCCUCCUGCCCCUGGCCAAAAAUCUGAUGUACCUGCCCCUGCUCAAAAGGCUGCUCAACCUGCCCAAGCGCAGAAGUCCUCUCCACCUGCCCCGGCACAAAAGGCUGCUCAACCGGCCAAGGCUCAGAAGGCUGCUCAACCUGCCCAAUCCCAGAAAUCCUCUUCACCUGACCCAGCUCAAAAUGCCGCUCAACCUGACCAAGCCCAAAAGUCCUCUUCACCUGCCUCAGCCAAAAAGUCUGCUCAACCUGCCCAAACCCAAAAGUCCGCUCAACCUGCCCAAACCCAAAAGGCCACUCCACCUGCCCAAACCCAAAAGGCCGCUCCACCUGCCCAAACCCAAAAGGCCGCUCAACCCGCCCAAACCCAAAAGGCCGCUCAACCCGCCCAAACCCAAAAGGCCGCUCAACCCGCCCAAACCCAAAAGGCCGCUCAACCCGCCCAAACCCAAAAGGCCGCUCAACCCGCCCAAACCCAAAAGGCCGCUCAACCUGCCCAAACCCAAAAGGCAGCUCAACCUGCCCAAGCCCAAAAGGCAGCUCAACCUGCCCAAGCCCAGAAGGCCACUCAACCUGCCCAAGCCGAAAAGGCCGCUCAACCUUCCCAAACCCAAAAGGCCGCUCAACCUGCCCAAGCCCAGAAGGCCGCUCAACCUGCCCAAGCCGAAAAGGCUGCUCAACCUUCCCAAACCCAGAAGGCCGCUCAACCUGCCCAAGUCCAGAAGGCAGCUCAACCUGUCCAAACCCAAAAGGCAGCCCAAGCCCAAAAGGCAGCUCAACCUGCCCAAACCCAAAAGGCAGCUCAACCUGCCCAAACCCAAAAAGCAGCUCAACCUGCCCAAGAGGCAGCUCAACCUGCCCAAGCCCAAAAGGCAGCUCAACCUGCCCAAGCCCAGAAGUCUACUUCACCUGCCCCAACCCAGAAAUCCUCUUCGCCUACUACCAACCAAAAACCCAAUCUAGCAGCCCCUUCCAAUAAAGAUGCAGCAGGUACCACAUCCUCUUCUGUGGUGCCUUCUGUCUCUCUACCGGCCCAAGAUGCCCCACCUGGUCCCUCCCCUAAAGACAAGAGAAAAAAGAAAGCUAAAGCGAAUUCUUCCUCUGUUGAGGUUCUAACAAAAACAGUGGCUCCAUUAGAGUCCACCACCAAAAAGGUUCCUGUGAUGGCGGUUCCUCCAGUAGGGACUACCCCAACUACAGCUUUGCCAUCCAAGGCAGAAGAACCCAAACCAGAAGCUCCAUCCAAGAAAAAAGCCAAGAAGAAGGCAGAACCAGUGGUGGCUGCAGACCCUGUGGACAGUCCGCUGUAUCUGCCCUAUAAGGCACUUGUUUCCACAGUGAGGAGUAUGGUGUUUGGCGAAGGUGAAGCCCAGCAGCUCAUUGACAUUUUGUCUGAUAAGGGUGGAGUCAUCCAUGACACCUGGCAGAGGGCCACACCGAAGGGAGAUCCGGUAGCUGUACUGAAGAAACAGCUGGAGGAAAGAGAAAAGCAGCUGGCAGCUGAGCAGGAGGACGCUGCAGCUGCUAAGAGCCGGCAGAGAGAAUUAACUAAGGAGCUAUCGGUGGAGAAGUCAAAAGUGACAAAUGUGGAGACCAGGCUGAGCUCUCAGCUGAGUAAGCGCGAGCAGGACAUAAUCGCCUUGCAAGCGCGCAUGCAGGCCAGUUACCAAGACCACCUCGCUGAGACACAGCAGCUCAAUGCUAAAGUCUUGGCUCUCCAGGACCAGCUGGAGAAGGGGCCCAAUGCUCAGCUGGCCCGUCUACAGCAGGAGAACUCCAUCCUCAGAGAUGCUCUCAACCAAGCCACCAGUCAGACAGAGAGCAAGCAAAAUGCAGAGUUGGCAAAACUACAUCAAGACUGUGUUCGGCUCAAUAAGGAGCUGACGGAAAAGAACGAAGCCUUGCAGGCUGAGGAGCAGCUCAAGAAAAGUCUGGAAUCCAAAGCAGCUGGAGCUGAAAAGCAACUGGCCCAGCUGCAGGCGAGCCGGGCGAGCGAGGAACAGGCGCUGCAGAAGCGGCUAGAGGAAGUAAGCGAGGAGCUCAGACAGACCCAGAAAAGCAGAGAUGGCUUUCAAACACAACUGGAACAAGCUCAACGGGACACCGCUGCUUUGGCAGAGGCUCAAGCCCGUAUUGCCAGCGUGGAGGCUGAACUGAAAGAACGGGCUGGACAGGUGGAGAGUCUGCAGAGCCAGCUGAAACAGGCACAUCUGCUAAUGGAGGCGAGCCAAAACACAGAACAGAAGCACAGUUCUGAGGCUUUGAUGGCAGAACUGGAGCAAGCAAAUAGCAGCCUAAAGGAAAAAGAGAGUAGAGUUUCAACUCUUGAAGAAGAGGUGACCCAACUCAAAAACACCAUUGCCAGUCAGGUGGAGAAAACAACAGAGAUACAGCACUUACAUCAAAGCGUAAAAGAAAAGGAUGACCAGAUAGCAACUCUUCAUGAAGAACUAAAACAGGUUAAACAACAAAGUUCAGAUCUCAACAGACUUGAAAACACAGAAUUGCUGGAACAGCUACAAAACAGUUUGAAAGAAAAGGAGUCUCAGGUGACUUCAUUGGAGGAAGAAACGAGAAGGCAUAAAGAGCAAUAUAACACUAGUCUGGCAGACUACAAAGCCAAACUGGAGUCACUACAUAACAGCAUAACAGAGAAAGAAAGUUUAGUGACGUCACUACACAAGGAAGUGCAGCAACUCAAAGAAUUGAAUCAGUCACAGGACAAGAGUUAUGAAAAUUUGGAGGAUAUGCUGAAAUCUUUCCAGACUGAGACCAAAGAAGUUCUUCAUUCCCUUUUCCCACACAUCAAUAUAGAGACAGAACAGACCAAAUGGCUGCAGGACUUUGCUUUAAAAGCACAAGAGGUGUUGAAUCAGAAACAGCACAGUGAAGGAUCUCAGCAAAGUACAGAGAUGUCGGAAGUGAUGGAGAAACUACAGGCCGCCCAGGAGGGUCAGUGUACACUACAGGCAGAAUGUGAACAGUACAGGAGUGUACUGGCUGAGACGGAGGGAAUGCUGAAAACCCUUCAGAAGAGUGUGGAGGAGGAGGAGACGGUGUGGAGAUCCAAGUUAACUGAAUCAGAGGAGCAACUGAGGAUGGCACUUAAAAAGGUGCAGGGAUUGGAAGACACAACAGAGAGUUUAAGAACAGAGAACCAAAGCACACAACAGCUGAAGGAGAAGGUGAUUCUGCUAGAGGCUCAGCUAGAGAAACAGCUGCAAUCAGUGACCAUUGAUAACCAAAGCCAAUCUGAAGAGAUGACACAUUUGAAGCAGCUUUUAUUAGAAUCCGAGAGACAGCUGAGCGUGGCUCAGAAGGAGGCUCAGGCACACAAGGAGGAACUUUCACAGGUCAGACAGCAGCUGAGUGACGUGACCCAGCGAGCUCAGGGAGUGGCAGAGAACGGGCAGCCUGAGGCAGAGGAGUGUGAGGUUCAGGCUGUACUGGAGCAGACUUUGGGGAAACUGCACAGUGAAGAGGCCCAGAAGUCAGCAGAAGACGCUGCAUCCAUUGAGGAUGUUGUUCAACUGAAGGAGUGUCUAGACAAGGAGCGAAAAAUGACCAAAGAUUUGGGCCAAGCAGCCACCAAACUCCAGGAGUUGCUACGAAACAGUCAGGACAAACUUGCCAAAGAGAAAGAAAAAGUCCGAACCCUCGAGGAGCAACUUCAAGAAAAGGGGACUGGUGGUGAGCCGAAGCAAGGCACAUCUGUUUAAGGUGGAAGACACUAAAGAUUUUGCCAAAAAUUGCCUUAAGACGACCAAAAUGAAGCAUUCCAGAACAUAUUUUUCUUUUCAUCGUACUGUAGUCCUGUUAAAAUAUUGCACCUUUUGAAAAACUAAUGCAAAGAUUUUAUUUACGAGAUGCGUUGGAGCGUUUUUACUUAACAUUCCAUCUAAAACCUUCUGGCUAUGUCAGAAAUUAUUCCCAAACUGCCUUAUAUUUUCCUAUACCUUUACCCCUGAUGUCAGUGUUAAAAAGGGAAACCGUAUGUGCGUUAAGCGUACAUCAACUAGUGCAAUUACAUGUAAAUGAAUGAAUAUGCAUCAUGUUAUGGUACAUGGAUACAGCAUUUGGAAUGCUAUCUUUUGCUGGCUGAAACACCACUGUAUACAUUUGAUAAUGAAUAAACUGCAACACAGCUUUAA